CAAUACGCUGUGGGCAGCAGCCGCAAGAAGAGAAUGCGUUUUCUUUUUUAUCGAAGUUUAAAGUUAAACAAUAGAUUAAGUAUAAUGUCGAUCAAAACGUUGACAUGCUACACUUUAAUUAAAGACUUCUAGCUCUGUUAAGUUUUUAAAACCGGAUCUAUGUUUUUAUUCUUGUGAUAAAUUAAAGAAAAGAAGAGGACAAGUCACCAUUGUUCGAGCUGGAUUCUCUAACGCUCUCAAGAUAUCCUGUUCCUGUGAGGAAGAGUUACCGAGGGCGGCUGACGAGAGCGAAGGGCAGUGACGCAAAACAUACAGUAUACGAGAGCAGCCGUGUGGACUCAGGACUCUACAGCUCUGCCAGACUCUGACAGGGUCACCUGUGCAGGGACAGGGACACACUUCACCACUUCACCACAUUGGGUGACUUUUUGUGUAGUUCUGCCCUCUCUUGACCGAAGACUUUUUAAAAAAAUUUUAUUUCUUUGUUGGCUCUUGGUUUUUAAACGCAACCAUUCUUUCGGGAACAAGACUGGGAUUUUCCCUCAUAUUAUGCACAUCAAUGGAUACGAGCUGCUCAGUGGUUAGCACAGGAGCGGAGGAGCAGUCCUUUCAUGUCCGCUACAGGAUGGAGGUGUCCUGCCUGGAGCUGGCUUUGGAGGGUGAGCGGCUCUGUAAGGUGGGCGACUACAGGGCAGGGGUCUCCUUCUUUGAAGCUGCCAUCCAGGUAGGCACAGAGGACCUGCAGGUGCUCAGUGCCAUCUACAGCCAGCUGGGAAAUGCCUACUUCCACCUGCAUGACUAUGCUAAGGCCUUGGAGUUCCACCGGCAUGACCUCACACUCACCAGAACAAUUGGUGACUGUCUUGGAGAGGCCAAAGCCAGUGGAAAUCUUGGCAACACAUUGAAGGUGCUCGGGAGGUUUGACGAGGCUGUGGUUUGCUGUCAGAGGCACUUAGACAUAGCGAGAGACAUCAGUGACAAGGUGGGUCAGGCUCGAGCUCUGUAUAACUUUGGAAACGUGUAUCAUGCCAAAGGAAAAAGUAUUUGUUGGAAUGGGGCCGAGCCUGGGGAUUUCCCUGAGGAGGUCAUGACGGCCCUGAGGAUGGCAGCCGAGUACUACGAGGCAAACUUGGCGAUAGUGAAGGAGCUCGGAGAUCGUGCCGCUCAGGGUCGAACAUACGGCAACCUCGGCAACACGCACUACUUGUUGGGGAACUUUCGCAAAGCGGUGGCUUCACAUGAACAGCGCCUACUCAUAGCCAAGGAGUUUGGGGACCGCUCAGCAGAGAGAAGGGCUUACUGCAACCUGGGAAAUGCCUACAUCUUCUUGGGGGAGUUUGAAGUGGCAGCUGAGCAUUACAAGAGGACUCUGCAGCUGGCGAGGCAGCUGAAGGAUCGAGCUGUGGAGGCUCAGGCUUGCUACAGUCUGGGCAACACCUACACACUCCUCCAAGAUUAUGAGAGAGCCAUAGACUACCACCUGAAACACCUCAUCAUAGCCCAGGACCUCAAUGACAGGAUUGGGGAGGGUCGUGCUUGCUGGAGUCUUGGCAAUGCUUACACUGCGCUGGGGAAUCAUGACCAGGCCAUGCACUUUGCUGAGAAGCACCUGGAGAUCUGCAAAGAGACUGGAGACAGGAGCGGGGAGCUGACGGCUCGUAUGAAUGUAUCUGAUCUCCAGACGGUUCUGGGUCUGAGUUACAGCACUAAUAACUCCACGCUGUCAGAGAAUAAAGACACAGACUACAACCUGCAUGGAGCGAGGCCCAGGAUGAGCAGGAGACACAGCAUGGAGAACCUGGAGCUGAUGAAACUCACUCCAGACAAGAUGAAUGGUCAGAAGUGGAACAGUGACAUCCUGACCAAACAGUCCAAACCCUCCCUGGCCAAGGCGUCUUCCAAGCUUUUCUUUGUCAACCGUCUGCGUUGGAAGAAAUACAAGACCGGGGGCUCUAGUAAAGUCCUCCAGGAUACCAGCAACACCCUGGACAGCAGCCAGAUGCCCGCACAGGGACCACAGAAGCGGCUCAGUCCUGACACACUUGGUGAUGAGGGCUUCUUUGACCUGUUGAGCCGUUUCCAAAGCAACCGCAUGGACGACCAACGCUGCUCAAUACAAGAUAAAGGCAGCAGGUUAUCUUUGAGUAGUGGGCCAGAGUCGCCUCCCAGAGCCAUCAGGAAAUCUGUAUCAGAGUCUGCAAACGUCUCAGGUGCCCCGGGCCGACGGUUAGAGGAGUCAGCUGCAGCAGGGGGAAGCCUGCCCGGCCUCAGGCUCAAUCAAGGCAGCAACCAGGCGGUGCUCAGUCACCUCAUGGCCAACGCUGACAGCGCUGAGCCUGACGACGACUUCUUUGAUAUGCUUGUCAAGUGCCAGGGGUCCCGUUUGGAUGACCAGCGCUGCGCACCUCCUCCUCCUCCAGUUCGCGGGCCGACUGUUCCAGACGAGGACUUCUUCAGCCUCAUCAUGCGCUCUCAGGCCAAACGGAUGGACGAGCAGCGUGUCACCCUGCCCUCGGCAUCGAACAUGGCAGCCCGGCCUGACUCCAACUGAAUGUAGCACUAAAGGGAGAGCCGGGUUGUUUUUAUCUCAUGAAGGCGUGGACGAUAUCGCCGCCCUGUGGGUGAUCAGGACAGCCUCGUCUCUUUACCUUCGUCUUUCUCGACUAAACAAAGCACUGUCAGCGUUGUAUGUAGUUCAAAAAAAAUAUCUCAAUUUAUACAAGGACUUGUUUCGCACAACUUGCACAACAUCAACAAACUCAGUAGUUUCAGGGACACAAGUGUUUUUUUAAUCCUCAUUUGUCAUGAAUCUAUUCUACUAAUUACAUUUCACCAUGUGUGUAUUUUUCAAUACACACCUGUAGUUGUGUUUGUAUUUAUUGUACUUUUUAUGAUUGUUUUGUUUCUGUUAACUGCCGUCCUACCGCUAAAUGUGGCUGUGACUCUGUGGUGUUGAAGUCAGUGUGGACACACAGGUACAGUGCUCUUUCCAUGUAUUUUGUUCAUAUGUGAGGGUGUGUUUUUUUUUGGUUUUAGACUCAUCGUGGUCAGGAAAGGGAAGAGGUAUUUUAAACAAAAAGAAUGAAUUUAACCCAUGUACAGCCUAUACACUAUUUUGUAUGACAUUCUUCAUUGAGGAAUAAAGCCUCGUUUGUAAAAGCG